UGUUCCGAAAAUGCUUUUAACGGAAAACUUUUCCGUUAAAAGCAUUUCUGGAAAAUCAUGCCAGUCUAGACAUAGCCAAGGAGUAACUGGUUUAUCACACAUUUCACAUGAAGUGCUCUGAUACUAUGUUAUAUCUGUUCUUGGCAGCAGAGGAGCCAGUAUCUUAAGACACCUAUGUGGAGUGAGGUGGUAGCCUUAGUCCAUUUCCUAAUGCAUGCUACCACAUAAAACAUCCCCAUUGCUGGCAUGAGCUGGGAUUUUUCUUGCCAGAGAGCAGACACACCAAAGACUGAGUUAUCUUCUAACUUAUGUAGGUUAGGGUUGAGGCAUCUCACUGGAGUCUUGUCCUUGGAGAAGUGAGAGGCAGUUUGCAGGGCUACUCUGGUGCUUUGCCUUGUUAAUGGUGUUAGAAUGCCAUAACCUCAAGUAAGAUUUGAGAACAAGACUCCAAAACAAAUAGACUUUUACAAGUACUAAAAAGUGGGCAGUCAUGGCUGCAUAAAGGACAUGUCCAUCAGUUUCAGGAAAAGAGGUGACCCAUGUAAGAAUAUCUAUACUUGGGUUGUUACUCUUUACUUUUCAUAAAAUUGUCCAAAUUACUAUGCAAGUUUUUCUGACAGCACUCCAGAUGGCAGUCUCCCUUUGAAGCAUAACACCCUGGACCAAGACUGGCAUAUGGAAAAGAUGGUAACUUACGUUGGUCCCAAUGGAGAGGUUUUCACAAUGAGUGAAUCUAGGAGGACUCAGAGCAAUUGCUGGAUAGUUUGAUAACUUGUGUCGAUUGCAUGAUUUCAAUAUUUGGGUAAAGCAAGAAAUAUUCAAUGUUUCUGUGUGAUUUAUCUUCCUACUCUUUUGAAUGCAAUGUUAACUGUUAAUAUGUGAAGUUUUGGGUUUUAUUUUCAGACAAAAAUACAAAAUAAAUUAAUGUUCUUAUAAGGAAUAUCCAUAAAUGCAGUAGAUUCAGCUUAAUUGCAAUGCAAAAACUUGUGACUGCUGCUCUGGCUUAACUAAAACAUUUUAUUACUAUGUCUUCACCUUAGCUCAAGGAAAGUUUUUCUGCUGCUCUGCUACCUUCUCACUCUCAGAUAAAAACAUCGGCAUUAUUCAGUGCGGGGCUUCACCAGUUAGCUCCAUUGUAAAAACUGGCCAGUUUCUUGAUGAGCUGGUAGGGGGCACUAAUGUGUGGAUGCCAGAACUACUGUGGAGGAGACGCCCAAUCAUGAGUCUUGAGAGGAGCCAGUCCAGACUUGAUUCUCUUCACUUGCCUGUCUAUGGAACCCCUCUCAUCCUCCAACACUUCUCUCCUCUCCUGCUGCUGCUUGGUCCCACCCAGCUCCCGAAGCCAAGAGUUCCUGAGAACAGGGAGGCAUUGGCAUAUUGUUAGCAUUGCAUCUGAGCAGAGAAGCCAGGAAGGAAGUGGCUGAUGGCUCAGGUGUUCUUGAAAACAGUGCCUGUGUUUUGGGAGUGGAAAAGGACAUGAGGAAUAAAAGGACCUAUGAGCCCAAUGAUCAGAAUGAAACAGAUGUUGAAAGAUUUUUCAAAUCUAUUGUUAGUUGUGCUUUGUGAUUACGUUCUUGGUGAAGUGGAAUAUCUCCUCUUGGAGCAACCAGGCCAUGUAGCCUUAAGCAACGACACGGUGUCUGUUGAUUUUCAGUACUUUGUCAAUGGUAAUGUGACAGCAAAGAAUAUGUCCAUCAUACUGCUAGAUGCCAGCACCAACCGGACCAUUGCAAAACACCAGCUUCUGACAAGGCAGUCACAAGGCAAGAUAGGAUUUGACUGUUUCUAUUUCAAGAGGGCCGGGGACUAUUGGUUCAGAAUGAUCUCUGAGACUGAAAAUGGCACUGAAAUUCACUCGAGGGGUGCGAGUACCCUCCUAAGGGUAGAAUGGCCUGUAGUUCACAUAGACUUGAACAGGACCACUGAGGUGCUCAGGAGUUCCCUUCAGGUUGGACUUUUCACUAACACACAACUGUGUGCUAUGAACGAGACAGUGGUUUCACUAGAUGUGAUAUUCACCAAGAGCUUAUAUGAACUAAGAAGAUUAAGCUCUGAUGAGUCACUCGGUAUGAGAACUAGCAAAGGAAUCUUUCUCUCUAGAUCCCAGUGGGUGGAGUUUGACUGCCCACCUAUUGACCAAGAAGUAUAUGUCACCGUGCUACUGAAAUCAAUAGAGACCAACUCCGUCAUUGUCUCAACAGGGCCCAUAGACCUCAUCCACAAAUUUGGAUACAAACUAGUGGUGGCACCAGAUGUGAUGUGUGUGUCUUCAGUUCUGGUGUUUAUUGUCACCCCUCCAUGCAUUGCCAUCAAAGGGAAAAUUGCUGUGUACAUGGAAGCUCUCAGACAUCCUGGUGAAAGAGCAACAUGGCGAGAUGAAAAAGUCCUACACCCAGGGAGCAACAGCACAGAAUUUAACUGCACUUUGUUUGAAAUGGGCAAAAACAAAUACUGCUUUGAAUAUUUUGACCUUUCAAGCCAAAGCCACUCACCCCCAAGAGUUAAAGAAUGUGUGGUGAUCCAAAGGAAUAUAGAAGCAUGGAGCCAGUGGCAGGCCUGGAGUCCUUGCAGCAUGACCUGUGGGGAGGGUGUCCGUGAACGACACAGGGAAUGUUUCACAUCACUACCAGCAAAAUCAGGCUGUGUUGGAAUACCGAAAGAGACUUCUCUGUGCUCUCUAGACCAAUGCUCCCCUCUCACGUCUACAACCCCUCCUUCAGUACAGCACCAAGAGGACGAGAAAGCUAAUAAUAUAGUCACCAUAACUGGCAUCUCCUUGUGCUUGUUUAUAAUCCUUGGCACUGUUCUCAUCACCCUGUGGAGGAAGCUCUGCAGACCUCAGAAGUGCAGGGCCUCUAUGCGCCGUAACUCUGUCCAUUCACCCAGCUACCGCAAGAACUCGGAUGAAGAGAAUAUCUGUCAGGCUGGCAAGCAGCGGGAGAGCUUUUCCGAGGGCAGUGAGGCACCUCGAGCGCAUGCCGGUGAGCCUGUUAACAUACCUUUGACCUACAGGAGGAGCCUUCAGUGUGCACAAGAAGAGGACACCUCAGUCAAUGACAGUUUUCAGACAAAUGCUCAAAAAAUAAUCCCACCAAUUUUCAGCUACCGCCUUGCACAGCAGCAGCUGAAAGAGAUGAAGAAGAAAGGCCUGACUGAAACCACAAAGGUUUAUCACGUAUCUCAGACGCCUCUGACUGACACAGCUGUGCUUCCCCCAGGCACAGAAAACCAAGAGGAGGCUGCUGUUGCUGCACACAAAUUCAGGAUCAAAUCUCCAUUUCUGGAUGAGCCCGGCAGUCAUCACAAAGUCCCUAGGGAAAAAUCUAAUUCUAGGGUGGACUCUGCACUGUUACAGGCCAACCCUGUAAUGAGCCCCAGUCAGACCCUCCUGAGCCGAACUCACCUGAAAUACCAAGAUAACAAAGGAGAGCCGUUAGAGAGAGGCUACCACAGAAACCCACAUUUCAGAAGAACAGCCAGUUUCCAUGAAACUAAAAAGGUGAGGCCCUAUAGGGAACGGAGCAUGUCAACUCUUACCUCACGACAGAUUCCUCUUUACAGUGCCAGAACCAGAACGUGGGGUCAGGCACUGGAAGACAAGUCCCGUCCGACAUCUAAAGAUGCUGAUCCAAGUUCUGAAAAUUGCACUGUCUCAAUUGGUGAACCUCUGAGUUAUGGCACAAAAUACCGCCACAAAGGGGGCCCUCCAAUGAGGAGGCUGGAUCUAAUCAGUGGCCGACAGCCUGCAGGCCAAGCAGAAAGAGCUGACAAACCAGAGCCAAACAAAAAUAGGAAGGGCCCUUCGCCAAACCAUCGAGGAGCUUUGAAAAAAGAACCCAUCUCAACUCUGAAAGAUAAUUACCAGCGAGGCAAUGCUCCAAGCCCUGUCCAGUACAGGAAGGACAAAUGCCAGAGCUUCCCCAUAGACUCUGAAUUUGCUUUUUAUGAUAAUAAUUCUUUUGGCUUAACAGAAUCAGAGCAAUGGAUGAUUGACCUGCCUGGAUAUUUUGGUUCAAAUGAAGAAGAUGAAACAAGUACUUUAAGUAUAGAGAAACUGGUGAUCUGAAUGACUCACUGCAAUACUGUAGAGGCCGAGUGUGAGAGAGGAGCUGCAAAAGCUGUUGAUUUAUAAUAAAAGCAAUAAUGGAAACCAGGUUCCAGCAGCUUGGGGAGGAGGGAAAUCUGACCACCUGACUUGUGGGGAUGCAUUCCUUUUUAAUUAGUAAAAAAGUGCUUUAAUGUCAUUGUUUUUCCCCACACACACACACACACACACACACACACACACACACAC